AUGUCGGUGGUGAAGUCCAUCGAGCUAGUGAUACCCAAGGAUGUGUACGUAGCUGGCUCUGACGUGGAUGGGGAAUUAGUUCUGAGCCUCCACAGCACGCUGGUGGACCCUCUGGUGAAAGUCGAGCUGAUCGGAAGAGGCUACCUGGAGUGGGUCGAGGAAGCCAACGUCCAGAAAGAUUACAGCCAGCCCGCGACCUGUGUCAACAAGGCAGAUUACGUGCACAAGACCAAAACAUUCAAGAUAGAACGGAACUGGCUGGGUCCGGGUGUCCACACUUUUGAUUUCCACUUCGUCUUGCCUCCCAGGAUCCCAUCAACCUUCACCAGCCGGGUUGGGCGGAUCAGCUACUUCCUCCAAGGCGUCUGCGCGACGCGGGAGCUCAUUCUCCGGAAGCAGAAGAAGUACCUGCUGGUGCAAGGGACCUCCGUCUUCAGCCAAGACAUUGUGGAAUCCGAGUACCCCUUGGUGGUGGAAGUCGAGAAGGUCCUCUUCUACAACUGCUGCUUCAAGAGUGCGCCCAUCACCUUGCGCCUCUCCCUCGGCCAAAGCAUCUAUGCCCCCGGCAACGACAUCGCUUUCACGACGGAGAUCACCAACCGGACGGGCAAGUCCAUCAAGAAAGUGGUCUUUGCCCUGCACUCCGUGGUCCUCUACAAGGCCUUCAACCUCCGGGCCGAGCGGCGGACUCUGGAGGAGCGCGAGGAGAUGAUGCGCCUGGAGUCCCACAUCAGGAAGGGCGAGUCCUGCGAGGUCACCAAGAUCCACAGCACCCUCUCUCUGCCCAAAGUCAUGCCCGUCAGCAGCACCCACAAGUCGGACGACAUCAUGGAUGUUGGGUACGAGUUGACGGAGAUUGUCUACUUCCCUUGGUGCAUGAGCACCGUGGUGGCGAAGAUCCCCAUUGUCGUGCGCAAUGCAAUUGCAGACCCCUGA